CUCCUUCAUUCUUGUUUACUCUCUUUCAGAAGACAUCACAUUCUCAAGUGAGUUAAUCAGGUCUCAAGCCCAGUGUGUGUGUGUACUACUGUUUUGGCGACAAGGAAUUUGAGUAAAGCAAGACCCACAAAUCUACUCCACAACUGGAUACUACUGUAUGGAUGGAGAGAAAGGCUGAAGGAAGAAACCAGCCAAGAAGUUGAUAGAUGUACUUGAGCACUGGAGUGUUUUGAAAGAGCAAUAUUUACAGUCAAGUUCUGCCAGCUACAGAACCUACAGAAACAACGAGAUCAAAGAAUAUAUGGAAUUAACAUUAGAUAUCCCCAGAAGACAACUGAUAGCUGGGGCACGAAACCAUAUUUUGAGAUUAUCGUUAGAUAGCUUAGACGCCCUGGAGGUGGCGAAAUGGGGCACUAAAAAUGAGACCAGGGGACUUUGUAUGGCCAAGGGACAGUCAGAGGAAAACUGCCAUAACUUUAUCAAAGUAUUGCUACGUCAUGGGGACCAGUUGUUUGCAUGUGGCACCAAUGCUUUUUCACCAAAGUGUUCAGUAAGACAGCUAACCAACUUGGGCGAGGUGACCAGGACUGAAGAUGGCGCCUCUAAGUGCCCCUACAAUCCUCACCACAACGCCACCACGUUAAUGACAUCUGAAGGUGAUGUCUACGCUGCCUCCGUGAUGGAUUUUGCUGCCCGUGAUGUUGCAAUUUAUCGCAAUACAGGACCUUCACCUGUUCUUCGCACCGUGCAAUAUAACUCAAAAUGGCUCAAUGAGCCAGUGUUUGUGUCAUCUUAUGAGAUAGGAGAGUUGGUAUUUUUCUUCUUCCGAGAAACCGCAGCAGAAUAUAUUAACUGUGGGAAGAGCAUCUACCCACGAGUGGCAAAAGUGUGCAAGAAUGACAAAGGAGGGAAAUUUUUAUGGAAGGAUAACUGGACAACUUUCCAAAAGGCUCGCUUGAACUGUUCCAUGCCUGGGGACUAUCCAUUCUAUUACAAUGAGCUCCAGAGCACAUAUUAUCUCCAGGAGCAGGAACUGGUGUACAUGGUCUUCACAACCCCUGUGAGCAGUAUGUAUGGUUCGGCAGUGUGUGUAUAUAAUAUGACAGCAUUCCAGAAGGCCUUCGAAGGUCCAUUUAAGUACCAAGAAAGCUCUAAGCAUGCUUGGGUGCAGCAUGAAAACCCAUUCCCUAAUUACAGGUGUCAGUCAAACAAGGAACGAGAAGCAGGAAUGUCACAGACUGACAUUGGCAAUGCACAGAAGUACCAAAUGAUGGACAGCGCUGUUCAGCCAGUUACUCUGCACCCCUUUGCCACUGCUGCCAAUGAAAGGUGGAGCCACAUUGUGGUAGACACAGUACACUCCAAACACAGGACCCAGUUCCAAGUGAUGUUUGUGGUAAACAUGGAAGGAGUGUUAAAGAAAAUUGUCCAUUUGCCAAACAGCACUGAGGCGUGUGUUUUAGAAGAGAUUAAUAUUUUCCCUAAGGGACAGAAUCGCCCUGUUUACAAGAUGGAAUUGUAUAAUGGCAAUAUUUAUAUAUCUACCAGUCAAGAAAUAAUCAAAAUUCAAGUCCACAGAUGUCACAGGUUCAAAUCAAGAAGAACUUGCACGCGGUCUAUGGACCCCUACUGUGGCUGGAGCAGUAAACACAACCAAUGCAGUCCGCCGCCUCGGGGAAACACCCGCGCUCACUUCUGGCACCAGAGACCGAUCAACCAGUGUCCUAUUAUGAAUGAUCCAAUUAAUGGAGAGUGGUCUGAAUGGACAGCGUGGUCCAGAUGUGGUCAGGUUGGAGAGUAUAGCUCAGGUGACCAAUGCCAGUGCAGGAGUAGGUCAUGUGACAAGCCAGCGCCCAUGUUUGGGGGGCGAGACUGCCCUGGAUCUAGUAUACAAGUGACUAACUGUACAACUCACGGAGGAUGGACACCAUGGUCCCCAUGGACUGCGUGCUCGCAGUCGUGUGGUACAGCCAUGCGUUCACGUAUGCGGUCAUGCAGCAAUCCAGCACCCCAGUUUGGUGGACGUGUGUGUAUUGGCCAGGAAAGGAUUGAUGAGAAUUGUGUAAAUAAUCCACCAUGUCCAGUCCCAACAAAAAUUCCUUUAGAUGGGGGAUGGACUCGCUGGACAGAAUGGGAGGCCUGCACUGCAGAAUGCGGUGGUGGUUUCCAGAGGCGUUAUCGUUCCUGUACCAACCCACCUCCACAAAAUGGCGGUGUCCAUUGUGAUGGCAAUAAUGAACAAUGGAGGACAUGUAAUAGUGGUACUUGCAAUGAAAUCCGUAAGUCCAGUGCCUGGACGGGAUGGGUGAUUCGUAACAUAACCAAUGGUGGCUACAUCCAGCAACGAUUCCAGUUCAUGUGCAGGGCCAGCAUUCCUGUGGACAGUGCUCUCCAGGAGCCAACGAUACGUAUGCAAGAACGGUUCUGCUUGGAAAGUGGCGAAGAUUGCACUUACUCAGCUCAAAGGCCAAAUGUUAAUGGCAGCUGGUCUCCUUGGAAGCCUUGGUCGGAAUGCAAUGCUGAAUGCAAUGGCGGAAUUCAACGACGAGAACGCUCAUGCACAAACCCUCCUCCUAGUGGUAAUGGGAAAGAUUGUGUUGGUUUGCCAAUAGAGACACGAGAGUGCAAUACACAUUCUUGCAAAGGCUCUUGGUCUUGCUGGUCCGAUUUUAGUGCAUGUAGUGUCACAUGUGGAAGAGGUCGGCGGUUUCGCAUGCGCACAUGUAGUAGUAGUGUCGCUGGAAAAACAUACACUAUCCCAUGCGCGGGCAGUGAUAAAGAGGAAGAGGCAUGUGAAAUGCCUGCAUGCGGUACCGUGCUGCAAGAAGAUGGCUGGGAGAUGUGGACGGCAUGGGGCCCAUGUACAUCAGAUCAAAAACAAGUCAGGCGGCGUACUUGUACAUUGGUUCUCGGGUGCGAGGGCCCAGAGGAAGAAACCAGGAUGUGUAAUGAAAUACCCAACAUGGCGGCAGUAUUGGGUGGACAGGAGAACGGAAUCCAAGUCGUCCAUGUUGUCGUUGUUGCUCUGUCUGCAUUCCUUUUGGGUGGAGUUAUUAGCAUUGGGCUUUUCCUGUAUAUUCGACAUUUCCGAAGAAGCAAAGAGGAAAUUAAGCAGAACAAGCAAAAUAAAAUGCUAUAUGACAGCAAGCCUCACUUACAUCCCUUCCCAUCAUUCCCAUCAAACAUGGAUGUCACACAACAAAACGGGAACAAUCCUCGAUAUUACAGCACAGGAUCACUGACUUUAAAUAAUAAAGAUAAAAUGACAGUUAAGGAGGCCACACUAAAAAGAACAUCUCUUAUGAGAACUAAUUUGUCUUUAACAGACCAGGAGUUAUAUAAUAUUUCAGCUCAAAGGCCAAAUGUUAAUGGCAGCUGGUCUCCUUGGAAGCCUUGGUCGGAAUGCAAUGCUGAAUGCAAUGGCGGAAUUCAACGACGAGAACGCUCAUGCACAAACCCUCCUCCUAGUGGUAAUGGGAAAGAUUGUGUUGGUUUGCCAAUAGAGACACGAGAGUGCAAUACACAUUCUUGCAAAGGCUCUUGGUCUUGCUGGUCCGAUUUUAGUGCAUGUAGUGUCACAUGUGGAAGAGGUCGGCGGUUUCGCAUGCGCACAUGUAGUAGUAGUGUCACUGGAAAAACAUACACUAUCCCAUGCGCGGGCAGUGAUAAAGAGGAAGAGGCAUGUGAAAUGCCUGCAUGCGGUACCGUGCUGCAAGAAGAUGGCUGGGAGAUGUGGACGGCAUGGGGCCCAUGUACAUCAGAUCAAAAACAAGUCAGGCGGCGUACUUGUACAUUGGUUCUCGGGUGCGAGGGCCCAGAGGAAGAAACCAGGAUGUGUAAUGAAAUACCCAACAUGGCGGCAGUAAUGGGUGGACAGGAGAACGGAAUCCAAGUCGUCCAUGUUGUCGUUGUUGCUCUGUCUGCAUUCCUUUUGGGUGGAGUUAUUAGCAUUGGGCUUUUCCUGUAUAUUCGACAUUUCCGAAGAAGCAAAGAGGAAAUUAAGCAGAAUAAGCAAAAUAAAAUGCUAUAUGACAGCAAGCCUCACUUACAUCCCUUCCCAUCAUUCCCAUCAAACAUGGAUGUCACACAACAAAACGGGAACAAUCCUCGAUAUUACAGCACAGGAUCACUGACUUUAAAUAAUAAAGAUAAAAUGACAGUUAAGGAGGCCACACUAAAAAGAACAUCUCUUAUGAGAACUAAUUUGUCUUUAACAGACCAGGAGUUAUAG